AUGAAUAAUGACUCUACAACUGCUGUGAGCGAAGAGGAACGAUUGAGCGAGGAACGGCUGAAAUUAUGGGUAUUUUUGUCCAAGUUGCAAUUUUGGAUUAUUUUGGUCACUGUGAUUAUUUCUUUGGUUGUUAUAGCGAAAGUGAGAUUUAUUUUGGGAGGGGGGACUAGUUGGUUUUCUAGGCCACGAAUAAUCGUUCAAAAAUUCAAAAAUCUCCUAAAAUCCUAUGGGAUAAGCUGUAAAAAAGAUUUUUCGAACAAAAAGAAGAUUAAAAAAAUAUCAAGGGAAACUAGUGUAAAAUUCAAAAAAAAAGUUUCACGCGACGCUUGUGCGUUGCGGUCGCUUCCUAGUACAAAACUAUCUCUCGUUGUCUGCGUCUCUCUAGAAGGCCGGUGACUCUGAUUAAAAAAUAUUUAAAAAUUAACUUUGAGAACGUGGCUUCCAAGUUAGCCCAACUCUAAUUUUUUUGCAGACAAUAUUCAACUUGUUCCAACGAAAACGCUCCAACUAUUUUCUGUUUUUGUCGAGUAUUUGUUUGGCCAAUAUCAUUUCGUUGUGCAUCAUUUUAUUCGACAUUUUCAAUUUCAGUUUAAAAGGUGCAGUAAACAAGAUAGAUCUCUCUUUUUCCAGGCUGAAAAUUUCAGCAAAUAACAAAGUUUGUCUGGAAAGGAUCUACUUAUUUAAUAUUCAUUUCAUUUCGGUUCGCUCGAUUUUUGAACAGAGCAUUUUUGAGCUCACAAAGAGUAGAGAGUAUAAUUAGUUUUUUAAGUGGCUUCUUUUUUGAGGGGGGUUUCAAAUCGUUUUCUUCUUUAAAAAUAUUUUUUUUUCGAAAAUUGGCAAAAUUUCCUUUGGAACAUGGGUCUAGACUAUAAAAAAUAGCUUGAUCAGGGAAGUACGCAGCCAAUUUUAUUUUAUCACCGAUUCUAUAAAUAAGAACGAUUUUCUCAUUUAAAGCCAGCUCAAAAAUCACAAAACUAAUUAGACACUCAGUCAAGUACGCAGCCAAUUUCAAAAAAAAACAUCCGAUUUUUCAGGUGAACUCGUCUGUAAAUUAGAACUAUUUUUAUCAAAUUGCGCGGCAUGUUUCACAAAUUGGAUCUGGUUAUGCCUAUUCACCCAGCGAUUUUUCAUACUUUUCUACCCUAUGAAACGUAGUUCUUCGGGGUUUUUCGGUUUCAUGAGAUCUGCAAAAAAGUUGAUUUCAGCAACGGCGAUAUUUGCAUUGAUAACUCAGGUUAGUGUUUUUUUCGGCGUUGCUCAUGUUAACCUGAGCUUUUCAGAGCUGGUUCCUAGUAUUCAUCACAGAAAUAAUCGAAGAGGGAUAUAUCGGAAUGUGUGAUAAAAAUCCCGAAAUGUUAAGCGAUAUGGGUUAUCGAUUUUUGGCCAUUGGCGAAGCUUUGGUCACUUACGUUUUUCCGUUUUUGUUGACUAUUAUAAUGGAUUUUGCGGUGCUUUAUCAGGCGGCGAAUUCGAGUUUUGUUGUGAUGUCCGCUGAAAAUAUUCGGACUGAGAGGAGCACUUUGCUACAAGUUAAUGAGACUGUGAAGAUACAGAGCUCUGAAUCGAUAAAGGUUAGUUGUUAGGAGAAUUGUAUCUUAAGAGUUAGGGUACUCCUUAAAUAGUGAAACCUUGUCAUAACCUAAUUUUCAAUUAUCGUCAGUUAGAUACCCAGCCAAGAAUCUUAAAAUUUCUCAGGCCUCUUCUAGACGUCGCCACGUGGCGGUGCGCCGUUGUCUUCUAAUGGCCACAGUCCAAGUUCUCCUCAACGCUCCCUAUUACACCCUUCAACUCCUCGAUGAAGUAUACAAUUGGAGGUACCUCACCCCCCAGCACAAACCCAGAAAAAUAUUUUUUCAGAGAAGCUUCUGUGAUCUACCUAUACCUCGAUGCUGUGUUAUAUUUCAUCUACCUAACACAAUUCGCCAUGGUGUUUUUCUACACCAAUUUCCUGGUGGCUCCAAGGAGCAAGGGAAGUCGGAAGAUUCCUUUGAGUUAUACAACGAGUGUGAGCUCAGGAGUAAUUUCGCUGCUGAAUGGCAGCGCAGCUCAAUUCAGCAACUAA